UCUCCGUGCUGCGUCCUCGCAACUGUGACGCGUGAUGAAUGGGCGGAGCUAAAAUGGGAGGAAGCGAGUACAAAGAAGAAUAGACGCUGUCGGUCGGAGACGGAAAGAAAUCUUAAUAGUUCCAACACAUCAAAGAAUAGAAAGACACACGCACGGAGGACGGAGUAUGUACGUAAACCGAUGUGUAAUUUAAUUGUCAAGCCUCAGAUUUAAAAAAAAAAACCCGAAUUGCCACUGAUCAAGAGAGGAAACAGUCUUCUGGCAGAUGGAGAAACAGAACGGAGCUGCUGGGGCGGCGGACGGAGCAUGGCCGAACAGAAAGCACUGGAGCUCGUCGACCAGUGGAACAUCCGCCGGUGAGACCCUGGACAGUCCAACAGGUUCACAUGUAGAGUGGUGUAAACAGCUGAUAGCUGCCACCAUCUCCAGUCAAAUCUCAGGAUCAGUCCCAUCUGACAUCAUGAACAGGGAUAACAAGGGUAAAUGCCCCAGCAACUGGCCAUUACCCAUCAGUCGACUCACACAUUUGUGAAAUGCAUCACCUUGUGAUGCACGUGGACCCAUCAUCAGUGAUGUCACCUGGGGUCAUUGGAUGUUUCAGGUUUUUCAACAAUUAGACACCCUCACCCAGGAGACCCAACCAAGGUUGAUCAAGCCCCUGCUUGUGUCCAGGUAGCGCUACCCCACCCACGGCUCUCCUCUCCUGAUCCACUGCCACCUUGAUGCAGCUUCUGCUAACUCGGUGGCCACCUUAAUGGCCCUUCACCUACUGGGUCCUAUGAUGCCCAGCAUGUUGUAGGCCCUGCAGAGAGACUGGCCUCCGUCCGAAUGAGAUGCUCACCCCCCCCCCCCCUCGGGCAUCCCUGGGGGUGUUUUUCCGUAGUUCGAUCUGUAGCUUGCUGUGGGUUCUCCCUAAAUAGAAUAAAACAUAUGUUAAUGUAAUUAGUGA